GCUUCCGCGGAGCUUGAAGCCUCGGAGCGCUUAUUUUAAAGCCCGGACUCUGUUCACACGGCGGCUCGGCAUUUUUUUCUGGCCCCUACAGCCUCGAGGGAUUUUGGUCCCUGCAUUUGGCUUUCUGCAGAGAUUGAAUUUUCACUGCCUGGACUGAAUUCGAGCGGCAGCUCGUCGAGUGGAGUGGCAGGUCGGUCGGUUGGUUUGUGUUUGGGUGUUGCAGUGAUUUGGACGAGUGCGCGGAUACUUGAGUGGAGGCACGUCGUUGAAUCAUGUUGUGUCGUCCGUUUGGUUUCCGGAACAGAGCAUUUUUCGGGAGCAGUAGGUAGCUUGGAGAUUUCACGCACCUAAAUCGGUGUCGAAUCGCUACGCUCUGGAAUGAGAAAAAGAAGCAGAGGGAUUUCUGGUUGCAAUGCCUCGUCUCAUUCUCUAGCAGCUUUCUAAGUGUAUAUUAUAUCGGAGAGACGACUUAAUUAUGAGUUUGACAACGGCGAGCCCCGGCGGGGCUCUUGUGUUUAAUGGCAGCCCAGAAUUUAUCGUUAGGAAGGCAUCAGCUGGGUCUAGAAAGUGCCGGCGGAGUAAUGUUGAGGAUGGGAGGCAUAGUCAUAGACAUGGAGAGACUGUCACAUGGACGUGGAGAGGGAGUUUCUCGAGUGCUAGGGAGCUGCGAGCUGGCGGCAGAGAACCUGCAAAGUUAGGGUUGGUUCCAGGCAGAGGACGGAUGGCGAGCGGCGUGUCAGUUUCACGAGUUUUUUUUGGUGGUGAGAAAUUUUGCGGUAUUGUUCCUCUCGGUUUGUCCGCAGACAGAUGUGUUUUCAGUUGUGGACGUGCUUUGGUUAGCAACUCGAAUUCUUCGACGAGUGGUAAUGACGACAAUAAGCCGGAGUGCAGGAGCAACGUCUCGGGAUCUGCUGGUGUAAGGAGAAGUGAGAUUAAGAGGAUAGCGCAUAGAAGGUUAUUCCAGCUAAGGGCACAGAAGCAGGGCUCAGGAGAGCAGUGGGGUAUCAAGUCUAGGAAAGUGAGAAUUGGCCUCACAUACAGAUUGCUUCAGUUCGGAAGGGCAGGAGGAACUGGUGGCGGAGGACCCUCUGGCGGUGGCAAUAACGGCAAUGGUUGGGGUGGCUCUGGAGGCGGUGGAAAUGGCGAUGAAGAGGAUCCUCUGCCUUCUCCAGACGAAGGAGGGUUCAAUUUCUUCACGAGUUUGUAUCUUCUUCUCCGAGAAAAGUGCCAGGCAGGGUUGUGGGUUUGGGCGGCUUCUGCAUUCCUGGCUGGUUUUUUCGUAAGCUCCUUGGACUUGAAAGAUUCCGCCCACGCCAGGUCCUUCUCCAAGCCUCGCAUGCUAGCAGAUGGAACCAAUGGUGGCAACGGCGGUGGUGAGAAGACUGGGGAGAGAGCAGAAACUAUUGACGGAAGCGGGGACGAGAAAAAUAACGGGUUAUCAGGGGCUGUUUGGGAGGUGAAAGGCGGAAAGUGGAAACGCUUCAUCACAGAUUUGGAAGAAGAUGAGUUCUUGUUUGACGGUGUCAAGCGGAGUGAGGAAGAGGCCCAAGCUUACGAGCAUAGUUUUGAGACACCAGAAGAGAAGAAGGACCACAAGGAAGACGUGAAGAGAAAGAGGAAAUUAAGCUGGCCUCUUCAAGGAAGGAGCAUCGAGACAUUCCUGAAAGAUGCCGGGGUUCAGUGUGGGGAACUUGUGAAACAAGUCUUUCUGCCUGCAGGGUUUCCUGGGAGCGUGACAGAGGAUUACUUGGAGUUUACUUACUGGAGACUGGCGCAAAUUGUUGCAAGUCAAAUUAGUGGAGUACUCACAACUCAGGCUCUUCUCUAUGCUGUAGGUUUGGGCAAAGGAGCUAUUCCGACUGCGGCGGCUGUGAAUUGGGUUCUGAGGGAUGGUAUUGGUUACCUGAGCAAGAUCAUGUUAUCGAAGUACGGCCGCCAUUUCGAUGUGCAUCCCAAAGGGUGGAGGCUCAUAUCAGACAUAAUUGAAAAUGCAUCCUACGGACUGGAGCUACUUACCCCCGCGGUUCCUCAUCUUUUCGUCUACUUGGCCGCAGCGGCGGGCGCUGGGCGGUCUGCGGCUGGUUUAAUUCAGGCUGCGACCAAGAGUUGCUUCAACGCCAAUUUUGCAGCUCAACGAAACUUUGCUGAGAUUAUUGCUAAAGGAGAAGCCCAAGGCAUGGCAAGCAAGUCUGUUGGUAUCGGUCUAGGAAUUUUGAUAUCUGGCUAUGUUGGAUCUUCGGGACCUUUAUUGGUGGUUACUUUUGGGGCGGUCAGUGCCCUGCAUAUCUUUUUCAAUUUGAAGUCAUAUCAGGCGGUUCAAUUACGCACAUUGAAUCCAUAUCGAGCGAGCCUUGUAAUCGCGCAAUACCUUGAAAGUGGAAGUGUUCCGACUAUAAAAGACGUCAAUGCGGAGGAACCCAUCUUCUUCGGGUUGCCAUUCUUCGACACGAAACAAAAUGUUAACGAGAAACUAUUGAAUUCUUUGUCUUCUGCGGCCAAGAAGGUGGCUGCUACCAUAGAGCAGGAUGUCGAGCUAGGUGCAAGUCUAGGACAGGUGGUGCACACAAAGGGCGAAGCAGAUGCGUUGAUGGAUCUGUACAGUCACGACCAAUAUUUGUUAGCCAGGCGAGGAGACCGUAUGAUGGUUGUUCUGAAAGACGCAGCAUCACCUCGAGAUAUGUUAAGGGCCAUGGUCCAGUUGAUGUAUAUAUACAACGCCGACAAAGACCAAAACAAGUCAGCUGGCAUCAUUAGGGACUGUAGUAGAGACGGCAUACUUCGUGUUACUUAUAAUUUAAUGGAUAAGAAUUUUGAUAGUAUAACAGGGGUCCUUGCAGAGGGUGGAUGGGUUAGCGAUGGGCUUGUUGCCAGGCCUGCACCGAAUAGGCUUGUCGAAGACAAUUCUCAAACGCUGCAGCACUUGGCUGAUGUGAAAGCUUGAAACGGGUAGCAAUAAAAGAACUUUUCAGGGA